AUGCCAUGCCAACCCCAGCCGGCCCCCAGCAGCAAGUACCUGGUGUUCGCCUAUUCGGACGAGCAGCUGUCCAACUCGCGCUCGCACCUCGUCGAGGCGGCGCGCAUCGCACACGCCACCAACCGCAUCCUCGUGCUGCCCAAGGGCAGCCGAAGCCAUCUCUCGGUAGCGCUCGGGCUGCCCUUCUGCACCUACUUCCACCUCGCCCAUUUCGACUCCGCCGCAUGGGUAUCCCCCGACCUCUUCCUGCUCAUGGCCCGAGCUGCUCUCUCCGCGCCCUCCGUGGCCUUCAUGCUGCUGCAAUCCAGCUACAUGCGCAAGCACCCCUUCAUGCACCAGCCGGUGGCGGCAAUGCUGGGAGAGCUGGCGGCGUAUGGCAUGGGGCACGUGCCGAAUGGAGGCAACACGGUGGAUGUCGCCAUGCCUGCUGCCAGUGACUCCGUGCUCGCCCGCCUGCAUGCAUGGCAGCACAAGCAAGUGGUGGUAUGGGUGAAGGACACGUGGGAGAGGAUAGCCUUCGAGCCACAGACGGACCUCAUGUCCUUCCACAUGCUGCCCUACAGCCGCCCCUGGCACGCCAUGGCUCAUGCCGUCAUGGCCCACCUGCCCGCGCGCUUCAUUGCUGUUCACUUCCGCUCCGAAUUCAUUGCUUUUCGGCUGGCGCAGAGGCUAAAGAGGGACGGCAGGCGGGCCAACGCGAGCAUGCUAGAGGAGAUGAUGGCGUGGUGUGUGCGGGCAGCACGGGACCUCAUAGAGCAGGUGCAGCAGGACACACACACCACCGCCGUCUUCAUUGCUGCUGACGUACCCUUCACUGCCCGCCCGGGCACACCACAGCUGGGCGGCAAACAGAGUGCAGGCGAGCAAGGGGGAGGCGAGCCUGGGGGAGAGGAGCAGGGCGGAGGCGGGAGAAGAGGGGGAGAGCAGGGGGGAGGCGGGCAAGGGGGGGGAGAGGGGGAGGUGGUGCGGUCGGACUCAUGGUCGGAGACUACGUGGAGCUUUGGGGACGGGGAGAGGGUGCGUGCGGCACCACGGGACAGCCUGCGCUGGCUGAGGGAGAGCGUUGAGGGGACUGUCAUGCUGGACGAGGUGCUCCCACAGGUCAACCAGUACGACCCCGGCAUCGUGGCCAUUAUAGACAAGCUAGUCUGUGCACACGCGCACGUGUUCCUGGCAGGGUCUAUCCCCUGUGGUGGGGGGCGGGGGUUCGAGCAGGACUUAAACAACCACCGCUGGCAGCUCAACCACCCGCGCUCGUCCCUCAAGCGAUGGGUCACCGAUGCAACUGCAUACAUCAACUCGCGGGAAUGA